AUGAAGAUCACCUCGCUGUUCACCUGUGCCCUGCUGGCGCUUGCCGCCCCCGCUACGGCGGCUUUCGACCUAAAGAUCACCGAGAUGUGGAUGGGCAACGAGCCCGGUUCCAAUCUGACCGAGGACUGGGUCGAGAUCACCAACAUGGGUGACACCGCCUGGGUCGAAGCCGUCGAUGGCGGCCUCUGGUUCGAUGAUGGCUCGUUCGACGCGUCCGCUGCCGACCCCAUGUCGGGCAUCCCUUCGAUCGCUCCCGGCGAGGCGGUCAUCUACGUGAAUGGCGACGCGGCCGCCAUCGAUGAGUUCCUCAGCGUCUGGGGCCUCGCCGCCGGCAGCUUGCAAAUCGGCAUCCACGACGGCUCGGGCCUCGGCCAGGGCGGCGACGGCGUUGCGAUCUUCCGUUCGGUAGCGCAGCCGACCAUCGACGACAUCGUCGACGCCCAAGAGUACGACGACGCGUCGCUCAACGGCGGUCAGUCGUGGGACGUUCUCGUCGGCGGCUUCAGCACCAUUGGCAACUCGUCCGGCGCGUUCCAGAGCGCUCUGUCCAACGACGAGGGCCAGUUCGCGAUCGCCUCGCCCCCGGGCACGUUGGUUCCCGAACCGACCGCCGCGGUGCUGGGCAUGAUCGCCCUGGGGGCCUUCGCCGGCGCGGCGACGUUCCGCUUCGAGUCCUCGGCGGAUCCAGCGAAUGGCCAAGCCGUCGCCGCCAAGUCCGUCGAGGGCCGGACGAUGUCGAUAGCGGCGUCGCCCGCCGGGGCGGUGCUCGACUUUCGUCUUGGCGGACUCGGC